AUAGUUUGUGCUGAGUUUUGUGUUCAAAAUCUCGUGAUUACAUAGUGUAGUAGGAUCAUCCGGUUUAUUUCCGUACGAUGGGGCAUCAGAUGCGUCAUUCACAUCAGCACGUCACACGUUCACUGGAGCCGACAGUCCAGCCUGUGUAACUUAACACAUAAUUGUAUCCACUGACCCCCUCCCCUGUACAAUCCGCUGAACCCAAAUCCGCGGGUUAGGAUCAGAGCAGGCCGGACCGCCAGAUAUCCCUGUCAUCGCUUCACAAACACACGGGGCAAGCUUCUCAUUGUCGUUUUCACCAGGGACAACAUUAGCGGUUUAGUUUGCCCCUGUUAACUGCAGACCUCCCCAGGAUGGACCGGUUGGGUGGGAUCACACUGCUGAUAUUGGUCAUCACGAUCACAGGUACGUUAGCGGCAGAUUCUGAGGAGAGGCUAGUGCGCAUGCUCUUCAAUGAGAGCGCCUACAACCCCGGUGUGAGACCUGCCCUGACACCAGCCGAAGUGGUAUCAGUGAAGAUUACCCUGGCCGUGUCCCAGGUCAUCAGUGUUAUUGAGAAAGAAGAAGUGAUGCGGACUAAUGUGUGGGUCGCGCAGGAGUGGACCGACCCUAGACUGAGCUGGAACAAGGAAGACUAUGAUCACAUUAGCCUCAUCCGGGUCCCUGCAGAGGCAAUAUGGCGGCCGGACAUCAUGCUUUUUAAUAACAAAGACGGACAGUAUGACGUGGCCCUGUACACGAGGGCGUUGGUGUACGACUCCGGCUACGUCUACUGGCUGCCUCCGGCCAUCUUCACCAGUGAAUGCUCUAUCAACGUUCGCCACUUCCCCUUCGACAAGCAGAACUGCACACUUCAGUUCGGGUCGUGGACGUACGACAAGCGGGAGGUCGAUCUCCAACAGGGAGGUUACGUUCAAGAUGACUUCAAAGAGAGCGGAGAGUGGGCGAUCCUGGAGAUCCCGGAUAGAAAAGUUGAGACCGAUGAUAACGUGUUUAUCGCCUACGACUUCAUGUUAGCCAGAAAGCCGCUGUUCUACAUCGUGAACAUGAUCGUGCCUAUCAUCCUGCUGACCCUGCUGUCCAUCUUUGUGUUCUACCUGCCUGUAGACUGUGGGGAGAAGGUCGGACUCUGCAUCAACAUUCUCCUGGCCUUGGUGGUGUUUCUGUUGCUGAUCGCUGACAUCAUCCCCUCCACGUCCCUGGACAUCCCGCUGAUUGGUCGGUACCUGAUGUUCACCAUGAUAUUCGUCACCAUUGUCACGGUCAUGACUAUUUACGUGGGGAAUGUUCACUUCCGCAGCACCGCUACGCACGUCAUGUCGCCAUGGAUACGGUACAUCUUCCUGGAGCUGCUGCCGAAGCUGAUGAAGAUGUCGCCUCCCGGGGAGGAGGAGGAAGAGGAGGAUGAAGAUAGCUCCCCCACCUGGGAUGCAGUGGAGAUGAGGAAGCGAGAUGGGGUUGUUCAGAACGGGCGUCCACCUGUCCCGCCCCGGUCCGACCAGCCCAAACUGUCGUCUGAACUGAGGGAAGCCGCGGGAAACGUACAGCUGAUAUCUGAUCACUUCAAAGACCAAGAUGACGACUCGGCGGUGAGCGACGAGUGGAGGUUCAUGGCUGCCCUGGUUGACCGGAUCUGCCUGUGGCUGUUUUCCAUCAUCUUACUAGUCGGGACCGUUGUGCUGUUUGCAGAGCCCUGGUACGAGGACUCCUUCCAGUAGUGGGAUCAGAGACUUGUCACGAGCAACCCGUCCAGUACUAGCUUAUGUGUGCCAAUAAACGCCUGUACGUAAAUUCGCAAUAUGUGCCAUGUGACUGCAAUGGCAUAAUAUUAACGGCAAUGUGCCAACAGUACUAACUAAAAUUCGUUUUGCCCUUCGAAUCAAGUGUAUUUCACUGAAGUUGCACCAUUGCACUCUGUAGCGUCUUGCGACUGUUUAUAGAAGCACCUUUCGUCAGAGUAAAUCUAGCGCGGCUAUUUCAAUGUAAAAAAAAAGUUCAUGAAAAAGUAUUCCCUAGACGCCAUGUCAAGUUUUAAUCAGCUGGACAGUACUACUUCAGAAUGUACAUACAAUUCAAUCUCUACAACUGGAUAAGGUUUGGAGAUUACUUCUAGUUAUUCCACAAGUAGUCCUUUAUUGUCGUAAAACCCGGAUUCAGAGUCCCCUGUUUACGUGUGGUAAAUCAUGAAAUCGUAACGCUCCUUUUACUACAACGUAGUUCCUUCAUAAAUGUUCACAGACACAAUUUGUCAACACAGUUGGGGUACUUUUCGAUUUCAGCCGAUGCUUCUCUGCGAUGUGAUCUGGAAAAGGAGAAAAAACAUCAGGAAAAGCGAGAUAUAGCCAUAGCCGGGGUAUGGUUGAGGUAUAGCCAGACGAGAAGAACACAGAUAUAGCUAUUAUACCGUAUAAAAGACUAGCCUCUGUGUGUAUUUUGAUUCUAUAUUUGCAAAACAGAUAUUUCCUUUAUCACAAUGGAAUGUAAAAUUAGCAGGCAAUUAAUUAGGCAAAAGUUAGAAUAAGAUCUAUGGCACACUAGUAUACACAGGCCAUCAGAUCAAUGCCAAAAUAAAAGGCAUCUGGACAAUGCAUCCAUGCCAUGCACA